GUUCUUAAUUCAAAUUUUCAUCUGAAGAUUCAAUUCCUUUCACCGGAAAUUUUGCUCUUCAUAUUCAGAUUUACAUCGAUUUGAUUUGAUCAUCGUCUUUAACUGUUUCGUGAAAUUGUUGUCUGCACUGUAAUUGUUCAUCUAUGGCAGGUCGUUAUGAUCAAAAUCCGUUCGCGGAAGAGGACGUUAAUCCAUUUUCUAAUACAGCCGCAAAAUCGAGGCUUUCACCUCUUCCUCCUGAACCUGUUGACUUCAACUAUGAUCGUGGUGCUCCAGUUGAUAUUCCUAUUCACACACCUGCAGAUUUGAAAAAGAAAGAGAAACAGCUGCAAGCCAAGGAGGCAGAACUAAGGAAGAGAGAACAGGAAUUGAAGCGGAAAGAGGAGGCUGCUGCAAGAGCUGGCAUUGUCAUUGAGAACAAAAAUUGGCCACCGUUCUUCCCAAUCAUACAUCAUGAUAUUGCAAAUGAAAUACCAAUUCACUUACAGAGGUUGCAGUAUAUUGCAUUUACAACACUUUUGGGACUAGUUUUAUGUCUCCUCUGGAAUGUAAUAGCUGUGAGUGUGGCCUGGAUUAAAAAGGUUGAAGAUGCAGAUGUAAGGAUCUGGUUUGUCGCUAUUAUAUACUUCAUAUCAGGAGUUCCAUUAGCCUAUGUUCUGUGGUAUCGACCACUCUACAAGGCUUUUAGGAAUGAAAGUGCCCUGAGGUUUGGGUGGUUUUUCCUCUUCUAUAUGGUUCACAUCGCUUACUGCAUAUUUGCUGCGGUUGCACCUCCUAUAUUUUUUAGAGGGAAAUCACUUACUGGUAUUCUGCCUGCUAUGGAUGUGAUAAGCAAAAGUGCGUUGGCUGGGAUAUUUUAUUUCAUUGGGUUCGGGCUGUUUUGUCUUGAAUCGGUUAUGAGUAUCUAUGUUCUCCAGCAAGUAUUCAUGUAUUUCCGAGGAAGUGGGAAAGCUGCGCAAAUGAAGCGGGAGGCUGCAAUGGGAGUACUGAGAGCUGCAGCUUGAAGAUGGGAAAGAAAAAUCGUCAAAGAACCUUGACGAGGGAUAUAUAUUGCUACGAUUUUCCACGAAAAAAGUCUAUAUUGAUAGAAUUAUGGAGACGUUUCAAGCAGAUUGAAUUGGUGUGUAGUUUACUGUUAAAGAAUUUAUUAACUUUUUUUUAUUGUUUAUAUUUAAGCAAGUAAUUGAGUUUGAAAAAUUAUAAAAAUAAUCAUUCAAUACUAUAAUAUUGUUAUAAUUUUUGUGUCAGCUAUAGGCUUAUAAGCAUUGUGCUAAUCAAUAUUGAUUAUAUUUUUUUUGUAAUAUCUUGAUUGGUUUAAUUUUAUCCUUU